UGUAGGUACUUGGACGCGGCUAGGGCAGGUGGCACCCGGUUGCCCAGCGUUUCGCUAGGCCGUUCCGUGCCGACCUCACAGGCAGGAGAAAACAGAAACACAAACAGAAACGGCAGACCGCUCGCAGCAGCCAGCUGCGCCCUACUUAGCAGGUACUAAGCCGGUGACCUGGGUACCCUCCCCGCGGAAGACCUGGGCACGAUCAGAUCAGCUGUCCGUGGCCAGUGUCAAGUCACCUCAGUCCCUGGCCCUGGGGUCCCAGACUCCCAGGUCGCCCAAGUUCUCAAACACCCCCAAGUCUUUUCUGGAGCCCGUCUCGCCCGUCCCCCCUACCCGCCUACCGACUCGCCUCCCCACUCCGUCCUACCGUCUUUGCUCGCAGCCUCGCCUGGCCUGCCUUUCUCCACCACAACAGCUCUGUGCCCUGCCCUGGCCUGCCCGCCCGAAUAAUAAACGGUACCAGAGCACACUGCACACUACGCACUGCACACUACACACAGGCAGGCUCAUCAUACCGGGCUACUGGCCUGUUCCCGACCACUGCUCAUUUCCAGACCACUCUCGCCCACAUUUUCUUGUCCGACUUAAAGCACACUACAAUCCUCCCACCUCCCCCCUCCCCCCGGAGGAAGAAACAGGACGCGUUUCUGCCUUGAACUUCUUCACAUACCCAUUUGCUAUUUUGUCUGCGACUUGGAGGUCUAACCCGGGCUCUGCCCACCCCCCCUCUCACCGGCGCUUUUGCCGCCUCGUUUCUUGUCUCUGUCUGCACUGCCGACUCUUUUCCUGUCUUCCCCCCCUCCUCUCAUCUUGCCGUCUUGGUCUUGUGUCUCUCUCAGAGGCUGCCGCCCUUGCACACCUGCAGCAGCAGCAGCAGCAGCAGCAGCCUGCACCCGCACCUGCAUCUGGGCACACAGCUUUCCCGCCUGCCUCACCUCACUCCCACUGUGUUAUACGUCGCCUUCUCUCAAAACCUGAUACUGCGCACGCCUGCCGCCGCGCCGCACCAGGGUCGCAUACCUCCGACAGCCAAUAAGCCCUGCACCACUGGGGGCAGACAGGCCAUAUCCGUCAUUCGGCUGCACUCCCACGCCGCCGCUGACAUCCACGACGUCUUUUUAUGUUUUGCCUCUCCUCGACUCACACCAGCUAUAUACGAAUUGUCGUCUGCUACGGCAACCUACAGCAUUGUACUUUGCUGUGCUCCCGCUAAUUACCUGCGGCCAUCCGCCUUUUAUACCGCCGCCUCUUCCUCCCCCGACGCACCCCCGUCGCCACUCUGCUUUCGGUGCUCGUUCCCACAAUGGCCAGCGCUUCUACGUCACGGUCGACGACCAUGUCGUCAACCUCCCAGCCGUCGUCUGUCAGGUCCGUCGAGCUCAACCACACCAGCAAGGGCUCUUCCCCGUCAAAUGCCCAGAAUGGUCAAGCGGCUACUGCCGACCAACUACCGAAACACCCUGAAAAAUCAUCUGUCAAGGAUCGCCUCACCCGCAUGUUCUCGACAAAAGAUGUCACCAAGCUCGACCCAAACGCCUCGCCCUCCAAGAAGCCCCUGCCCGCUGCGACCGUUGCGGAACAGGGCUCGACGUCCGCUGCCUCGACCCCGCCUCUGAAGCCUACAAUACCCUCCCGGCAAGCCUCGGUCACGGAGAGGCUGGACAAGCCGGCCGAGAAGACUCCUGCCCCGAAAUCUGGCAGGUCCACCAACGGCAACGGGCACCCCUCGCAGCGCUAUGUCGUCAACACCGAGGCACAGGGCGGCCACGAACAUCACCUCAGGUCGAGCAGGCGCCAGGAGAAACUGACCGACAUGUUCAAGGGCCUGCUCGGCAAGCGCGCCGAACAGGUGCCCGACAGCGACCUGUCCCUGGUCUCGAAUUGGGUCGACGCCUUGAAGCAGGAGAAGGAUUCCAUGGCCUCGGACCGCAAGGGCGGCCCCAAGGAGACUGUCACACUCGUCGAGAAGUACGGAAAAUGCCAGGAGGUCGUUGGGCGUGGCGCCUUUGGUAUAGUCAGGAUAUCGCACAAGAAGCUAGAGGGCCUGCCGGGCGAGAAGCUGUUUGCCGUCAAGGAGUUCCGGCGGCGCCCAGAGGAGACGGAGAAGAAGUACAGCAAGCGACUUACCGCCGAGUUCUGCAUAUCAUCAUCUCUCCGACACCCCAACGUCAUCCACACCCUGGACCUGCUCAAGGACGCCAAGGGGGACUACUGUGAGGUAAUGGAGUUCUGUGCCGGUGGUGACCUGUACACCCUGGUGCUUGCCGCGGGAAAGCUCGAGGUGCAGGAGGCAGACUGCUUUUUCAAGCAGAUGAUGCGCGGCGUCGAGUACAUGCACGAGAUGGGUGUUGCGCACCGCGACCUGAAGCCAGAGAACCUGCUGCUCACGACAAACGGAGGUCUGAAGAUUACCGACUUUGGCAACGGCGAGUGCUUCCGCAUGGCGUGGGAGAACGACGCACAUAUGGUGUCCGGCCUGUGUGGCUCAGCGCCAUAUAUUGCGCCAGAGGAGUACAUCGACAAGGAGUUCGACGCGAGGGCUGUGGACGUCUGGGCUUGCGGUGUUAUCUACAUGGCGAUGCGGACGGGUAGACACCUGUGGCGCGUCGCCAAGAAGGACGAGGAUGAGUUUUAUGCCCGCUAUCUUAAGGGCCGGCGGGACGAGGAGGGCUACGGCCCGAUAGAGUCCCUGCACCGGGCUCGGUGCCGAAACGUCAUCUACUCAAUAUUAGACCCCAACCCGACCAGGCGGAUCACGGCGUCACAGGUGCUCAAAUCGGAGUGGGGUCGCGAGAUAAAACUGUGCAAGGCUGGCGAGGAAGGCCUCUGAAAAGGGCGUCGUCGUUCCACCGGCCACGGAGCCCGUGGGAUGGCGGCAGUAACCUUGAUUCGGUGACACCAUUGAGCGAUCACGGCCAAGGGCGACAGGCCAGCAAUGUUCCCAGGGGGCCAAACCGAAGCUCAAGUACUCUUCUUUCCCAAAUUCAUGAACCUUCUUGUUUCGCACAAAGACAGCAUCGGAGUCCGGACUUUUUCCUGGUUAUAUCCCAAAUGAACUUUUUAUCCAUACUACUACUUCUACAAUACCUCUACCUUUUUUUUUCUCUCCCUUUCUGGUUUCUGGUUUUGGCCUGAUUUUCUCUUCUUGUGUCAUCAUGGGGGGGAAACCACAGGCGAGCGAACUGCGCAGAGAACGCGGAUUACAGACAUCAUGACAGAAUACACAAAAUUGCAUAUCUGAGAAUCCCCACUGUCCCGAGGUCCCGACGGGGGGACAGCAGGGAGACGCCUGCGGGGCGAGAGGGGCGAGAGGCCGGGAGCGCACAUGUGCAACGCGACUUGAUUGAUGAGAGCACAUUUGGUUAUGUCCUUCAACAAGACCUGGUGGUGAGAGAGAGGGCUUUGAUUUUUGCGUGCGGGAGGGAGGUGCUAGGUAAAGGUGUCCUUCGUGUGCCUGCCCAUCCCAGUACUUACUUGGAUAUUCCGGGAGAACAAGUCAAGGUGGCAGGCAGGCAGGACAGCUUGAUUUCCCCCCGGGGGCCCGGGGGGGGGGGGAAGGACCAGGGAGCGGGCCGUCGAGCCAGCCCGCUACCCACAUACGCGACAGAUAUACACACACGGACACGGAGGCCGCAAGAGAAUGAGAAACAGAUAUAUCCCACACACACACACACACACACACACACACACAUCCCCCGGUGCCCUCCCCUUCGAGACUUCGGUGUCAUGUUCAAUUGGGACGAGACGCGCCCGCGGUCUUGGCUUCCCAUUGAUCAACCUUGGCACCUCUGCUUGGCUUCGCGGGAAGGAUCGCUUGGGCCCCCCCCCCCACCCUCCCCCCGGCGGGUAGGUGGGUGUGGAGUUUUAGUUUGGCUGGAUUAGCGAGGAUAUGUGGGUUUUUGUUUGACGGGGCCUUCCUUGGUGUGUGUGUUGUGUUGUGUUGUGUUGUGGCCGGUCGGUUCGACGGGGGCGGGCUGGUUGGGUGGUUGGUUGGUUGAUUGAUUGAUCGAGCUGGAUGGGAGCUCACACGGGAAAGAAGGUGAAAAUUGUCUGGCUGGGAUUGUCUGUUGUCGGGCGCACCGCAGUGGCAGGCGGCGAUCAUUGUUAUAAUUCUUUAUUUGUUGUUGUUGUGGGGGGGGGGGGGUUGGUUAUCUAGCUGCGAGAGCCAGGAAGCUGGGCCCUUACCUCUUCUCUAUUGAUGACUUCUGCUCUACUUGCAUCCGACACAAUUCUUGAAACCCAAUUGGAGGGAGGUACCCCUAGGGUAGGGGGAGGAGGUGUGUGUGUGUGUGUGUGUGUG